AUGAGGGCUUUGAAGCCUAUGAACCGAAACCCGAGCAAGAAAGAGCAUUUCAAAACAGGAUCAUCUAAUAAAAAACGGAGACUUGAUGAAGGUCAUUUUGCUAGGAAAAAUGGAGGAACAAGUUCAUCAAAAUCGCAAAGAAUCAGUAGUCGUAGAAGCAAGAGGUUAGAGAACAGCAACCCCAAAGAAACACAAAAAAGUGCCACAAUUCUAUCAUGGCUCGUCGAUUCCAAAAUAGUCCCAGAUAGCGCAACCAUCUACUAUACAGGCACAACAACUCAAGAUGGUUUUAAGAAAGGGACAAUAGAGGCCAAUGGGAUUGUAUGUACUUGUUGUCGAAGCUUUUUCACUGUCCCGGGUUUCCAAGUGCACACGGGAGGGAGAAUUAUUGACAAUCCCUAUGAUGCAAUCGGAGUUGAUGGAAUUCAAGGAGAUGGUAGUAUUACUCCCCUUUCACAAUGUAUGGAAUCAGCUUUGAAAAAACGAGAUGAACCAGAACACCAUGGGAUCAAACAUGUCACCACGAAAGGAUCAGAUGGCGAUAUUUAUGAUGAUGCGUGUAUGUUAUGUGCUGAUGGAGGGAAUCUGAUUUGUUGCGAACAAUGUAACUCGACAUUUCACGUGAAAUGCUUGGGCAUGCAGGUGGUGCCUGAUGAGCCAUAUUAUUGUUCGUAUUGCGCUUGCAAGUUAUGUGGAAAGCCUGUUACCAAAAGGGAUUCUUCUUGGCUCACUUGCUCUUUAUGUGAAAAACAAUAUCAUGUGAAGUGUUCAAAAGAGUCGUUAACGAUCGACAUUAAUCGCUUUCCAAGAGCAUUUUGUGAGAAAAGUUGUCGAAGCAUUCAUGAAAAGUUGGAAAGCAAGUUAGGAGUGAAAAGAAUGCUUGAAGACGACUUGUCGUGGACUUUGCUGCACAGAUUUGAUAGAGAAUAUGGUUCUUACGAGGUUAGUGCAACCAAAAGACUCGAGUGCUACAGCAAGCUUGCGGUUGCAUUCAGAUUAUUGACAGCUUGUUUUGAGCCCAUAAGAGAUCGACACACGAGAAUCAACAUGAUUCGAAAUGUAGUGUACAAUUGUGGGUCCGAUUACCAACGGAUAAAUUUCCGUCGCUUUUUCACUGGUAUAAUUGAAAAGGGUGAUGAAGUUAUAGCAGUGGCAUCAAUCAGAGUUCAUGGAAGUAACCUAGCAGAGAUACCAUUUAUAGCAACGGCUGAACCACACAGAAACAAAGGAAUAUGUGGCAAACUGUUGAAUGGGAUCGAAUCUGAUCUUCAAGAUUUUGGAGUUAGAACGUUGGUUAUCCCUUCUUCAUCCGAGACGAUAAGGGUUUGGAACGAGAAAUAUGGUUUUAAUCUUCUAAAGGACGAGACAAAGAAAGAAAUCAUGAAACUGAACGUACUUAUGUUUCAUGAUUGUUUAAGAAUGCAGAAGACGAUACGAGAAAGAAUCGAUUUAAACGCCGAACCACCUCAAGAGUAUGACAGAAGAACAGUAGCAUGUUGA